GACAAACUGAAGGCUGAAAUAGCAAUUCACGUACAUUUGGAUACAUUGAAAAGAGUAGAGAUCUUCCAGAAUACUGAGGCCGGCUUUCUUUGCGAACUUGUCCUCAGAUUAAGACCCGUUCUCUUUAGUCCUGGAGAUUAUAUCUGCAGAAAAGGAGAGGUCGGGAAAGAGAUGUACAUUGUUAACAGAGGAAGAUUACAAGUGGUUACUGACAACGGAAAAACAGUUUUGGCAACACUUCGCGCCGGCAGUUAUUUUGGGGAAAUAAGUAUUCUUAAUAUGGGAACCGCUGGUAAUCGUCGCACAGCUUCUGUCAGAAGUGUUGGUUACAGUGAUUUGUUUUGCCUCAAUAAACAAGAUAUGUGGGAUGUGUUGAAAGACUAUCCGGCGGCUAGAGUUCGGUUGGAAGCGAUUGCUGUCAAAAGAUUAGAAAAAUAUCGCAAAGAACCACUUAAGAAGAUCGCAAUGGGCAGAAGCCGGUCGACGCCUGGUUUGGUGGAGUCCAAGGGUAAAGUGCCUGUAAGUGAUAUGAAUAUCACUCGCAAAGAACAGACGUCGGCCUCGACUGCAACUCUUCUAACGGAUGACGAGCUCGAAAGGGAAGAAAACGCUUAUAAAGCCAGAGAAGCGGCUGAUAACGAGAGCAGUGCCAGUGAAGGCAGUAAUAAACCAAAUAUGCACUCAUCUCUUAAACCUAAUAACGACGGAAUCAAUAGUUGCCAAUCAGGCGGUGGACUAUUGAGUUCUUCGCCUCACCCUCUCAUGCCUCCCACAUCUCAAUCACAACUCCUAUAUUCACCUCAACUAUUGGGUCCAAACCUACAGUUGAUUAGUUAUGACCGCAAUUCCCCUCAACCCCUAUUCACGGGUGCCAUUCCUUUCUUUCCGCACUCACCCGUCAGCGGGGCUUCAAUGCCCUCAUAUUGCGGUAUUAGUCCCGCCGCCUCUUCCACUCAUCUGGCAAUACCACACGGCAUGACAUACACAUCCUCGCCCACAAUCAGCUCAGAUGGCCAUCACAUACAGGUGUCUCAAUCAGGUGUUGAACCACUACAGGAUGCCGUACUUCACGCCGAGAUUAAGCGACUGAGGGAACGACUUGCGGGGUUGGAGACAGAAAACGCUUCGAUGACUAUUAAACUGAGUCAACAGCAGUGGGAAGUGGAAAAUAGAUUGGCUGAAAUAGAGCAUCAGAUAUGUUCUGGUAAUGCAAGUGGCAGUACAUGUGGUAUAGCGCCGGGAUCUCUGAGCAGUCAGUCGGAGACCAGUGGAGAUGAAAACGAGAGGAAUAAAGAAUCGGUUAUUUGAAUACAUUC